CAACAACACUGGUUAUACCCUCUUCAUUCUCUUCUUCACCCAUUUAACAUCAAAGUUCCAGUAUCACACAGUUCGAUUGGUUCAGAUGCAUUUACUGAAAGAAAUGGAUCUGAAAUUAUAAGUGAAACCCCACUUCGCCAUAGAGAUGACAGGCCUAAUUCUCCAUCAAACACCAGUAUUGGUGUCAUCAAAUACAAGACCGAAGCUGCCUUUAUUGGUAUGUCCAGAUUCUUCGCCUUUCUUUGCUGAUUUAUCUACAAGAACGACAUGUUCGUCCUCUUCAUCGUCAUCAUUUGAAAGAAGAGAUAUAUUGAAACUGCGAGGCAACAGAGUUACAGCAAAUGCAUUUAAUGUUGGUGCUAGUUCUGGGGGCUAUGCAGAGAGAGAUGGAAAUGAUAACCAAAAUUUGUCUACUAAUGAUCAAAACAAUGAAAGUUCACCAAUUAAAAAGCUUCCAGAUCAAAUUCGUUAUCCAGUCUCAAUAGCCCUUGUGCUAUCCGGAUGUGCUUUAGUAUUUUCAAUAAUCGCCUUUGGAAAGGGUGCACCUCCCUCUCUCUUAGCAGCAAUCGCAAAGUCAGGGUUCACAGCUGCUUUUACAUUAAUUUUUGUUUCCGAAAUUGGAGAUAAGACGUUUUUCAUUGCAGCUUUAUUGGCCAUGCAAUAUGAUAAAGGACUGGUUAUUUUGGGAUCAAUGGGUGCUUUAUCACUUAUGACUGUUUUUUCGGUCAUAAUUGGAAGGAUUUUUAAUUCGGUUCCAGCUCAAUUCCAGACAACAUUGCCAAUUGGAGAGUAUGCAGCAGUGACUCUUUUGAUGUUCUUCGGUCUUAAAGCUAUAAAGGAUGCAUGGGAUCUUCCAUCAAGUAAUGCUAAAAAUGGUGAGAAAAAUAGUAAUGAACUUGAUGAAUAUGCAGAAGCUGAGGAAUUGGUGAAAGAAAAGGCAUCUAAACAGCUCAAGAAUCCUUUUGAAAUCAUUUGGAAGUCAUUCAGUCUUGUAUUUUUUGCGGAAUGGGGUGACCGGUCAAUGCUUGCAACCAUAGCUCUUGGGGCUGCUCAGUCUCCAUGGGGUGUGGCAAGUGGAGCCAUAGCUGGACAUCUACUAGCAACCUCCAUAGCAGCAGUUGGAGGGGCCUUUCUUGCCAAUUAUAUUUCUGAAAAACUGGUUGGGUAUCUGGGAGGAGUAUUAUUUCUACUUUUUGCUGUUGCGACAUUUUUGGGUGUCUUUUAAGGAACUGGAAACAACCCAAUGAGUUAUGCUGAGAAGAACAUGGUUAUAUGGACAUAAAUGUGUUCUUGGUGUAUUUCUAUAUUGUGAAUUAGAUGAUUAAUCAUUUAAUCUUUUACAUGUUGGAUAUGAUUAAUCAUAAUUUCGUUUUCAAGAGAUUGAAAAUCGUAGAGAUAAUAAUAUCAAAUUGUUGGAAACAAAAUCAA